AUUUAUUUUGGGAUUUUCGAAGAAGAAAGUUGUCUUCUGAGAAGAGCGAAGUAGGACAAUGGCAUCUGGAGAGUGCCUUCUGCUAGACUUAGAAACAGAUAACUUCAUUCUCUACAACAUCUCUGUCAACCAGAGUGCAAACCUUUCCCUCCUCAGCGACAACUGGUUCUACCCAGCGUUCCUCUAUGCCAUCCCCACAAUCUAUGGGAUCAUCAUUUUGAUAGGCCUUAUUGGCAAUAUCACUCUAAUUAAGAUCUUCUGUACUGUGAAGUCCAUGAGAAAUGUCCCUAAUUUGUUCAUCUCCAGUUUGGCUCUGGGAGAUCUGCUGCUUUUGGUGACUUGUGUGCCCGUGGAUGCCAGCAGGUACCUUGCUGACGAGUGGCUGUUCGGCAGAACUGGAUGCAAACUUAUCCCCUUCAUACAGCUCACCUCUGUAGGGGUGUCAGUCUUUACUCUCACUGCUCUCUCAGCUGACAGGUAUAAAGCUAUAGUAAGGCCGAUGGAGAUCCAAGCAUCCCAUGCACUGAUGAAGAUUUGUGUGAGAGCUGCUAUAAUCUGGAUCGUAUCAAUGUUGCUUGCUAUCCCUGAAGCAGUGUUUUCGGAUCUGCACCCUUUCCAUGACAAAGGGACUAAUAAAACCUUCAUCAGCUGUGCCCCUUACCCACAUUCAGAUGGGCUGCAUCCCAAAAUUCACUCCAUGGCAUCAUUUCUCAUCUUUUAUAUCAUUCCCCUAUCUGUCAUUUCAGUAUAUUAUUAUUUCAUUGCUAAGAAUUUGAUCCGGAGUGCUUACAACAUCCCUGUGGAAGGAAACAUGCAUGUGAGGAAACAGAUUGAAUCCCGUAAACGCCUGGCCAGGACAGUACUGGUCUUUGUGUGCCUCUUUGCCUUCUGCUGGCUUCCCACUCACAUUAUCUAUUUAUACCGGUCCUACCACUACUCAGAGGUGGACACCUCAGUGCUGCAUUUCAUUUCGAGCCUCUGCGCUCGGAUCCUGGCAUUCACUAACUCUUGUGUCAACCCAUUUGCUCUCUACUUGCUCAGCAAGAGCUUUCGGAAACAGUUCAACAACCAGCUGUUCUGCUGCAGAGCUCGCCUCCUCAUCCGGUCCCAGAGCAUGGCCAGGAGCACCACACGAAUGACCUCCCUCAAGAGCACCAACCAUUCCCUGGCCACCUUCAGCCUUAUCAACGGCAACCACAUCUGUCACGAAGGCUAUGUCUAGAGGGCACAGUCAGGGACUGCCACAUCAUGUACUUAGCACGGCUCUUUGGUUUUGCUCCAUGGGGAUGGUGAGUAGCAC